GAAAUCAUUUUAUUUUUGAGUAAAUGUAAACACGUGUUAAUUUACUGUGAUGAGAUGAGACCUCUUACUGACGAAGAAACGAAGACUUUCUUUGAUAAACUUUCAAAAUACAUUGGGGAGAAUAUAAAGCUGUUAUUGGACAGACCAGAUGGAUCUUACUGUUUUAGACUUCACCGAGACAGAAUAUUUUACGUCAGGGAGGACUUAAUGAAGAAAGCCGGCAAUGUUUCCAGAAAAAACCUUCUUAGUAUGGGCACCUGUUUUGGGAAAAUGACAAAAUCUGGAAAAUUUCACCUACAAAUAACAGCCUUGGAUUUCAUGGCUCCCUAUGCAAAGCAUAAGAUCUGGCUGAAGCCCAGCGCCGAGCAGCAGUUUGUAUACGGCCAUCACGUCAUGAAGUCUGGUCUGGGCCGAAUCACAGAGAGCACUUCACAGUAUGAGGGAGUGGUGGUCUACAGCAUGAAUGAUCUCCCCUUGGGUUUUGGAGUGGCAGCUAAAUCCACACAGGACUGCCGCCAUGCUGACCCCAUGACCUUGGUGGCAUUUCAUCAGGCGGACAUCGGAGAAUACAUCAGAAAUGAGGAGGCUUUAUUAUAGAAACAAGAAUUCCCUUUGGAUUUCAGACAUGUGAUACUGGUGUUGGAAGCGAACCUAAUGCAGUGUGCAGCUGAUGAAGGAAAAUUCCUGGAUCACAAUUUCACUCUGUUCAGCUGAAUAAGACAUUGUUUGGAUCAGGAUUUAUUUCGAUCCAAGGGCUGGAUUGAUGUGAUUCUACUGAUAUAAGGAAACUUUACAACUUUAGAAUGUGUUUUUUACUGUAUGACUACUGAACAUCAUAUAUACACACAAGAAAAAAUUGAUGUUUUAUUUCCAGCAUUUAAUAUAAAAAUAAAACGGUAUAUAAAACAUAA